AUGCUCGCUCGUCGUUGUCAUGCUGCAACAACUAGAGCGUGGACGCCGCUUCUUGCAUCAUCGUCAUUCUUGCAUGCGCGCAGAUCAUACAUUGUUUUGGCUAUUGAAUCCUCUUGUGACGACGCGACAGUAGCUCUCAUAGAUCGGAAACCUUCUGGCCCUCCUGUUCUCAUUGAACAUGUUAAGGAUUCUUUAGAUAACACAGCUGCAGGCGGAAUCAUACCUCUUGAUGCUCGUAAUCACCAUCAAGCUGUACUUGCACCCAUGGUGCGUGACCUUAUGAUCCGGCAUAAUAUUUCAAAACCUGAUUUACUCUGUGUGACGCGUGGUCCAGGAAUGAUUGGAUCGCUUUCUGCUGGAUACAAUUUGGGGAAAGGUCUUGCUGUUGCGUGGGACAUUCCUUUUGUCGGUGUCCACCAUAUGCUCGGCCAUCUUCUUACACCACGGUUUUUCCAAAAUCAAGACAUCCCUCAAUACCCAUUUGUCUCAUUGCUAGUUUCUGGCGGCCAUACCAUGCUUGUGCUUUCUACAUCUACUACCCAACACAAGGUUCUUGCCAAUACCCUUGAUAUUGCUAUUGGUGACAUGCUUGACAAAUGUGCACGCGAACUCGGAAUCACCGGAUCCAUGAUUGCACGCGAAAUGGAGGCAUUUAUUGCUGCGGACCCUGAUCCUAAAACAACAGCCCUUUCAGUCCCAAAAGCUUUACAGUUCCCCAACCCUCUUCAAAAUAAACAGGGCCGGACUGGCAUACUGGCAUACUCGUUUGCAGGGUUUAUUACAAGUUUACGAACUUUUCUGGAAAAGUUCUUCCCAGGAACUGCUCGAGCAUCCGACUUACCAUUAGAAGCACGUCGUGAACUCGCGCGUAGAAUGCAAAACGCUAUAUUUACUCAUGUGGUUACAAAAUCAAAAAAAGCCCUAGAAAACGCGUUUGAAACUGGCCUUAUUCAAACUGGAACUGGACGUCCCUUGGACUUUGUGUGUGCAGGUGGUGUAGCGUCCAAUAUGACGCUAAGAUCACUUUUGGUAACUAAACUACAAGAUAAGUUUCCUCCAAAUUCAAUUAAAUAUCAUUUCCCACCACCAAAGUGGUGCACUGAUAAUGCACUCAUGAUUGGCUGGGCCGGAAUCGAGCUUUGGGAAACGGCACGGUUGCAAACAGAUCUUUCAGCUCUGCCUACGGCAAAAUGGCCUAUUGAAGAAGUCUUGGAUAUUGAUGGCUGGGUGCCCCGUUCUGAACAAGAAAACAAAAACUAA